AUGGCACUGAAUCAUGCAUAUUUUAAUGAUUUGGACAAUCAGAUUAAGAUGUCAUUUUCUGAUAGUUUCCACAUGUUAUAUCAAGAACAGACAUUAACAUUUUUACUGCUGCCAGAACUCUAUGCAUCUGUUGAGAAUUUCAAUAAGGAGAGAAAGAAAUCAAAUCUCCUGAAAAUUCAGGGCAUUUCACUUGAAGAAGCACAGAAAAUGCUUAUCCAAAACCUGAUUUCUAUGUCAUCCAUCAGUAAAACGGAUGUGGGAGAUCUCCAGCCGGUUUUCAGAAAAACAAUUCAUGGAUUUAAGAGAUCUGGAAUGGAGAUAUUAUAA